AUGGCACCCCGACGAAAGAUCAAUAAACUCCUGACCUGCUUCUACUGCGGGCGCAGGUCGACGACGCGUUACGAUGGUCACAUGCAACAUUUUGAUUGCGAAAAGUGUAAUGCCACCAAUUACCUUGAUUCUAACGGCGACAUCACCGACCCUCCUGUAGCGACGACAGCCACACCUGACGCUCCCAACUACAUCCAGCGUGGAUUGACACCCCCUCCCCCGACCAACCAGGUCUUCUGCCAGAAGUGUUUGAAUAACCAACACCUGUUUAUCUCCUCGUUGGCCCAAUACUUUCCCGACGACCCCGACGAUCCAGAGUACGUCGAACGAGAGCGCAAUUAUUACAAGUUCCGUCGCGGUCUUGAGAAGCGCUAUCCUCAAGUCUGCGUAACAUGCGAGCCCAAAGUUCACGAGCAGCUCGAUAAGGCUGCCUACACCGCCAAAACGGAUUACUUGCGCCGCAUGCUUGACCGCAGCGCCCAGACCCGCGUUCUCCUGACCACCACGCCUGGUCAUUACUGGCAUUUUGCUGGCCGGUGGAUCUGGGCCACCUCCCUCGUACUGCAGCUGCUAUGGCAUGUACAGCUCAUACAGCGAGCUGUCCUGGGUCAUUCGAGCGAGUUCGACCACAAAUCUUGGGCCAUGUUGGUAGCUCGCACUGGCCACCUCUUCACCGGCCGCCUUCCAUCACCUGACCGCAUUGUGUACUGGAGCUUCUGGGCAUCUGUGCUGAGUUUCUGGUGGAACCCUCGAUGGGUAGAGACGUACAACGGCUUCACAAAACAUCUGGUCGGACGCCGUACAUUUUACUUGUACCAAGCAUUGAUCUUGGCUCUCAAAGUCCCCGGGUGGCGUGGGGUCUCUGUUCUACCGGCUGCCUCAGCAGAUCGAGUAAUCGUCCAGGUCGUCGCACAUACCUUCAUGGCAGCCUUCAUGUACUUUCUGUACACCACAGCCCACAAGUCGAUUCAUACAGACCACACACCUCUCUGGCUGCCAAAGCGGAGGACCCUGGGCGUCACCUCAUCUCCUGCUGCCCCAGCUACUCAGCCACCCGAACCGCGAGGAAGCGGCGAGCAAAGCAUGGCGGAUAUUCUUGACGAGAUUUUGAGCGACCCCACGCCGAUGCCCGCAGUCGACCCUUCUCCAUACGUCUCAAGGUUUACCACUACCGACCACUUUGAUCAUAUGCCCAGCUCGAAUCAACGAAGCUCAUAUGAUCCAUCUGUUGGUCUCUUGGGCUCAAACCCGUUCAGGGACCCCAGCCCGUCACGGCAGUCGGUCACUACCAGUUAUGGACUAGAUGAUCUUAGCAUCACAGACAGUCCCCGCCCCCGGACUCGAGCACAGACUCGGGCUCAAGCACGGAGUAGUCAGUUAAAUCAGUACGACAUGGAAAUGGACUGGGCUCCCACACAGUCUCAAUAUCGAGCUUUCAACACUUUUCAACCAGGCCAAUCGCGUAACCUGAAGUUCAACGAGACCCCCGUGCAAGAAAAGCCAGGAGCAUUCUGGGCCAAGGUCCCCCCCGCUCCCACUACACCUGCGCAGCGGAUCUUCAAUCCACCCAACGCGCCCAUUAUUAGAAACACGGCUGCCCCGACAGCGAGCACGGUCCGGUUCCAAGGCAGCACCACAGGCCUGAGGUUUGGUCACCCUCAGGCACCUUCCGACCCUGGAACGCCGUUCGCAAAUCCAUCGUUUUUCCCCAAGCCGCCUAGUGACGAACGAGAUAAUUUGUCGGGUUUGUUGCAGAACAGUCUCACCUUGGGCCCGACCCGUGACGAGACUUCACAAAGGCAGUCGAACAGCACUCAGGGCCAGACACUCAUGUCAAAAAUGAUGUACCUGGUCCUUGGACUCUGUCUCGCUGUGCUGGGAAAUCGGGCAUACAUUUAUUUUUCUCAGAUGCCGCUAGCAGAUUCGUCGAUAUGA